GAAAAACUAACGGCAGUUACCUGGCCCCAUGGCAGCAGCAGCAUCUUUCCUAAACCCCCUUCUUGCUCUUCUUUCCCUUCUCCUGAUCUGCCUCUCCCCAUCAACCCUCGCUAGCUCCUCCUGCAAUGGCCCUUGCAACAACAACGACGAGUGUGAAGGGCAGCUUAUCUGCACCAGCGGGCGAUGCACCGACGAUCCGGACGUCGGCACACACAUCUGCAGCGCGUCGAGUCCGGCCGAUAGCUGCCGUCCCUCUGACAUGUUGCAGUGUAACUCGGGGAGCUUCCCCAUUUAUACAUGUUCCCCUCCGGUUUCUUCCUCCACCGAUGCAAUCCUUACCCUCAACAACUUCACGAAGGGUGGCGACGGAGGCGGGCCCUCCGAGUGCGACAACUACUACCACGACAACACGGAGCUUGUGGUGGCGCUGUCCACCGGCUGGUACGACGGCGGCAGCCGAUGCCGGAAAAUGAUUCGCAUCACGAGUACGAACAAUGGCAGGAGCACGACGGCGAGGGUGGUGGACGAGUGCGACUCAACGAAGGGGUGCGAUGAAGAGCACGCUUGGCAGGAACCCUGCGACAACAACAUCGUUGAUGGCUCCCAGGCCGUGUGGGAUGCGCUUGGGCUCGACACUAAGGCUGGAAGAGAGCCCGUAACAUGGUCCAUGGCCUAAGUUCGUCCCUUUUCUUGUGGCAUACCCACUUAAUUAUCAAAGGCUCUUGGCAUAAAAGUGGGCCGAACGAAUAAGCUGGUCGAGGCCUAAGCAGUGACUUGAACUGACGAUAACUAAAUAAAGUUAUAAAACUGU